UUAACAUAAGAAUUAUAAUUAUGAAGUAGUGCUAGUGUUCAAUAUAGUUCAAUAUAACCAGUGGUAUUUUGGUCCCCGUUACCCCACAAGAGAUGACUUCCAUGAAAUGUUGACAAGAAAGUGAUUUCCUUGUGCUAAGGCCCCCACCGUCAAACCUCUGCACCAGACCCUUACUUCCUUUCGGCCAAUAUGGCGGCCCGCGAGGCUCGUCGAAUUAGUUUGAACGGAAGCGUUCCCUCGGCUACAAAUUCUUAGCUCUAUACGCAUCAAGAAUGGCAGGAUGUUAUUAUAUUGGUGUUGAUGUCGGAACAGCGAGCGUCCGCGCUGCUCUAGUGGCUAGUGAUGGGAAAAUCGUGUCGUGCGCGACUCGACCAUUACAAAUAUGGCAACAGUUACCGGACUAUUAUGAACAGUCGUCAGAAGAUGUGUGGCGUAAUGUCUGCUUAGUUGUCAAGGAAGUUUCUGAAGUUCUCACUCACAAGGACUCCCUCCAUAAGAUAAGGGGUAUUGGUUUUGAUGCGACCUGUUCCCUGGUAGCUCUAGACUCUACAGGACAUGCUGUCACUGUUAGUCCCUCCAGAGAAGCCCAUAGAAACAUUAUCAUGUGGCUGGACCAUCGCGCUUUGGACCAGGCCCAAAGAAUUAAUAACACAAAGCAUAAGGUGUUGUCUUAUGUUGGUGGAGGGGUCUCGCCAGAAAUGGAGAUUCCAAAGAUACUUUGGUUGAAGGAGAAGUUGCCUGGUGACUGCUGGGAAAAAUGUGCUCUUUUUCUGGAGUUGCCCGAGUUUCUUACUUAUAAAGCAACAGGUGACCAAACAAGGUCUAUGUGCUCUCUUGUUUGCAAAUUCAAUUAUAUGGGUCAUGAGUCUCAAAUUCCAGAAGGUUCUAGGAAUGGUUGGGUGGACUCUUUCUUAGAAGCCAUUGGCCUUGACGAUCUUAUAAAUACCAACUAUUCCAAGAUGGGUACAAAAGUGGCCAGUCCUGGAGAGUCAAUCAGCAACGGAUUGACCAAAACAGCUGCUGCUGACUUAGGAUUAUGGGAAGGGAUGCCAGUUGGCACUGCACUCAUUGAUGCACAUGCUGGGGGACUGGGUGUAAUUGGAGCAGAUCUGAGUUUGGUUCUCAAUGAAAACAAACCCUUAACUUCACGCUUAGCUGUUAUUUGUGGGACAUCAUCCUGCCAUAUGGCUGUAAGUUUUGUUAUGGUCUGUGAGCAGGCUCACAUUUGGGGCGAUUGGGUCAUGCAUGUGAGUGAACAAGUUGGCAGCAGUAGAUAA